AGUACCCAAUCAUUGACUUUUUCGAAAAUAUUCCAAUAACCAUUCAAAAUUCCAGUCGCCAAGUUCAACAAAUUUCAACAAAUUUGUCUGUAAAAUAAUUUAACUAAUUUUGAGAACUGUGUGGUUUAACAGAUGAAGCGUGUUUUCUGUAUCAGCGGUGGACGUGGAGGUGGCGGGGUACAGUAUGCAUGGCAGAAAUCACUUGGAAACUACAUUGCAACCUCCAGCAAUGACAAUUUGGUAAAGAUUUAUGACAGACAUGGAGACCUGAAACAGGAAAUACAGCUUCAGGGACCUUGCACAGGACUUGGCUGGGAUAAGGAUGGGGAUAUUCUGGCUAUUAUCAAUGAAAGAAACACAAACAUCACCAUGUGGGAUGCUAACACUGGUAAAACAUCUUCCAUGGAUAGUGGACUCAGAGAUCCCUUGUCAUUCUUGUUAUGGGCAAAGGCAGGACCAUACCUAGCUGUAGGUACAGUGAAGGGUAACCUACUCAUCUACAAUCAACAGACCUCAAGAAAAAUUCCAAUUAUUGGCAAGCAUUCGAGGAGGAUUACAUGUGGUUCAUGGAGUAAUGAGAACCUGUUGGCUCUUGGAAGCGAAGACAAGACAAUUACAAUAAGCAAUCCAGAGGGAGAUACACUACGUCAGACAUCUACGAGGGCUGAACCUGGCGAUAUACAGUUCUCAGAGAUGAAAGGGGAUGAGAGAUCAUCUAUGGGAGAAAAUACUGUGAGUGUUGUUAUAGGAAAGAAAACAUUGUUUCUCUACAACAUGCAUGACUCCGAAAACCCGGUAGAGCUGGCAUUUCAGCAGAAAUAUGGCAAUAUCAUGUCUUAUAGAUGGUACGGAGAUGGUUAUAUAAUGAUUGGAUUUUCUCACGGCUUCUUCGUUGUUAUCUCAACUCACAUGAAGGAAAUCGGUCAGGAGUUGUUUCAGGCACGUAAUCACAAAGAUAACCUCAGCUGUAUUGCCAUAUCUCUGUCAUUGAACAAGGCAGCUUCCUGUGGAGAUAAUUGUAUCAAGAUCCAUGACCUCUCUGACCUGAAGGAAAUGUUUGCAAUCAUCAACCUGGAUGAUGAGCGCAGUUUAGACCGUAUGGAAUGGACAGAUGAUGGUCAGCUGUUGGCCAUAACAUCUACAAAAGGAAAUUUGUAUGUGUAUCUCACAAGUCUGCCGAUGUUGGCCGCCACACAACAAACCAGGAUUGCCCACCUUACCUCUCUGCUUGAGGUGACAAUCGAGGACAACAUCCAACAGCCAGGUCCUGAUGUGGAGCAACCAGCUACCAUAUCUGUUGAUGUAGAGCCAUCUUAUCUGGGACUUGGACCAUACCAUUUAGCUGUAGGGAUGAACAACAGAGCCUGGUUUUACCUGCUAGGAGAUAAUGUUCAUCACGGUUAUUCUGGGGGUCUAGAACAGUUGAAGGACAGGGAGUAUCUGGGUACCGUCCACUCUAUAAAGCUGAAUUCAGACUAUGCCGCUGCUCACUUUGAGGACAAAAUACAACUCCAUAUGCUCCCCGUUAGUAUUGAAGGGGAGACAACUGGUACAACAGACGAGCGGGAAAGUAAACUGUUCCCGGACAAGGAUGUUAACCAGACGCACAUUACAUGCCAUGAUAUGACACCAGAAUUCCUCAUCUUUGGAACAGAUAAUGGAGGUCUGUAUUACUUCUACAUAGAAGACUGGCAGUAUGUGAAUGAGUUCCGUCACAGUGUAGGUGUGCGCAAGUUGUUUCCCGACCCCAGUGGAACCAGACUGGUCUUCAUGGACGACAAGAAAGAUGGAUAUGUUUACAAUCCUGUAAAUGACUUGCUAGUUGAAGUACCUGACUUUUCACCUUAUGUCCGAGGUGUACUGUGGGAAAUGUGGGCUCUGGAUAGGGGCGUGUUUAUUGCCUAUGAUGAAGAGAAAAUCUACACUUACAUGUACUCUAGAGAACACGUCAUGGGUACCAGAUGUGACUUGGUUGGAACAACCAAACUGCCCUAUGGACAGGUACCAAUCAUGUUACACAAUGGGGAGGUAACUCUACAAACUCAGAGCGGAAAACUUGUCACCAUAGCUCUAGAUACCCACUCUUACCUGUUUAUUGACACCAUUGAAGGCAAGACUACAAAAGAGCUCAGUUCCUGCCUGGACCAAUGCAUUGCUUUGAAGAGGUGGAAAGACGGUUGGAUUUUUUGCCAGCAACUAAAUGCAAAGGAGUACUGGCUGAAACUGGGAUAUGCUUCAUUUAAAUGCCUUGAUAUUGACUUUGCUAUCCGGGUGUUCAGGGAACAGGGAGAUGUUGGCAUGGUUGCCUCUCUGAUGCAGAUACGGCACAUGGAAGAUAGGAACCAGCUGUCUGGAUACCUUGCUAUGUAUCUAGGAGAAUUUAACCUGGCUCAAGAUUUGUUCCUGGCUUCUGGCAAACCGCUGGCUGCUUUAGAGAUGAGAAGAGAUCUCCUGCAUUGGGACAGUGCCCUCCAAUUGGCAAAGGCUCUAGCCCCAGAACAGAUCCCGUAUAUCAGUAAGGAGUAUGCCCAGCAGCUUGAGUUUACAGGAGACUAUAUGACGGCACUGGCUCACUAUGAGAAGGGAAUCACCAGACAGGAAGUAGACAAGGACCAUGAUGAGGUGUGUGCUGCUGGAGUAGCCAGGAUGUCCAUUAGGAUGGGAGAUAUUAGAAGGGGUGUAGGUAUGGCUAGCAAAAUGCCCAGUAGAGUGUUGAAGAAGGAGUGUGCCAGCAUUCUAGAAAGUAUGAAGCAAUGGCAAGAGGCAGCCCUGCUGUAUGAACAAGGAGGAUUUUAUGACAAGGCUGCUUCAGUGUAUAUACGAAGCAAAAAUUGGACAAAGGUUGGUGAGUUACUUCACCAUAUCACAUCUCCAAAGAUCCACAUACAGUAUGCGAAGGCGAAGGAGGCUGAUGGAAGAUACAAAGAGGCGGCCGAGGCAUACAAGCAAGCUAAAGACUGGGACAAUGUCAUCAGGAUAAAUCUAGAGUUCCUACAAAACCCUGAAGAGGCUGUAAAAAUUGUGAGGGAGGUGCAGUCUGUUGAAGGAGCAAAAAUGGUUGCUAGGUUUUUCCAGAAGCUGAAUGACUAUGGUUCAGCAAUACAGUUCCUGGUGAUGUCUAAAUGUAAUGAUGAAGCUUUCCAGCUGGCACAACAACAUAACCAGAUGGAAAUAUAUGCCGAUAUUAUAGGUCCUGAUGCUACACCAGAAGACUACCAGAGUAUAGCAUUAUUCUUUGAAAAUGAGAAGAACCACUUCCUAUCUGGAAAAUUCUUCUUGUUGAGUGGACAGUAUAACAGGGCUAUGAAACAUUUCCUUCGAUGUGAUGGUGAGAACAGUCAGGCUAUAGAGCUUGCUAUCGAGACCGUUGGACGUGCUAACGAUGAUCAGCUGACACACGAGCUUGUCAACUUCCUUAUGGGAGAUACUGAUGGUGUUCCUAAAGAUGCGAAGUACCUGUUCCGUCUGUAUAUGGCACUGAAGCAGUGGAGGGAGGCUGGUAGGACAGCAAUCAUCAUAGCUCGAGAGGAACAAAGUGCAGGAAAUUACAGGAAUGCUCACGACGUGUUGUUCAGUAUGUACCAGGAGUUAAAACAACAGAAAAUCAAGAUUCCUACAGAAAUGGCUAACAACCUAAUGAUUCUACAUAGUUACAUCCUCGUCAAGAUUCAUGUUAAAAGAGGAGACCAUUUAAAGGGAGCUAGAAUGCUGAUCAGAGUAGCAAAUAAUAUCAGUAAAUUUCCAUCACAUAUUGUACCUAUUCUAACAUCAACUGUGAUAGAAUGCCACAGAGCAGGACUCAAGAAUUCUUCAUUCAGUUACGCUGCUAUGUUGAUGAGACCAGAAUACAGAAACCAGAUAGAUCUGAAAUACAAAAAGAAAAUUGAAAUGAUUGUAAGAAAGCCGGAUAAAACUGAGGAAGAAGAGCCCUGUUCCCCUUGUCCAUAUUGUGGGUUCCAGCUUGCAGAAACAGAGCUCCUCUGUCCAGAAUGUAAGGGCAAUGUUCCUUACUGCACCAUCACUGGUCGCCAUUUGGUCAAAGAAGAUAUGACAGCUUGUCCAAGUUGUGACUUUCCAGCUAUUUUCUCGGAAUUUAUAAGAUUGAUGGAGACUGAGGAAAACUGCCCAAUGUGCUCUGAGAAGGUGAUCAAACAGAACCUACAGAAGAUUUCUGAUACACACAAGUACCUGAACCCCGAGGAAGGCAAUGUCGAAUAAAACAGUCGAGUUCCAUUGUUCAUGAAGAACUGUUUGAAAUGAACUUCCUUAAGUGAUUCUCUAUUUUUUCAGUUCAGCUUUCAUUGUUUUACUUGCUGAUGAUAAUUUUUCAUGUUUUGCAGUAAAUUGGAAGAGACAUUUCAAAAAGAAAAAACUACUGAAAAAAUGAAUUUUUUUUCUAUACUAAGUGAACAGUAAUGGUGUGUUCAAUUUUGGAUAAAAUACAGAUGGACAUACACAAAUUGUUUUGCUAUGCACUUUGAUAAUAAUAAAGGUAUACUGGUAACUCCUCAAAUUUUUUUACAAAUUAUAAACUGUGUUGAUACUGUGUAGUGUAAGAAUAAGAGGAGAAAAAAUGUUCUGUGUAAUAUCCGUCUACAAGCAGAAAUCCAUACUUCAGAAAGAAGAACCAUAAUUUAUCUAGAUUUUAAGAAUUACGUCUUGUUAGUGCUUUUGUGAUUAAUGCCGUCCACAAAAUUCUUUUUCUUGAUAUUUUAUUUACAUUCCACUAUUUAUUUUUCUACAGAAACAAAUUACUGUAUUUAUCAUUUAUGAAUAAACACUUUUUACCAUCAAA